ACCAAGCACCGGAAGUCCCGGCGCAAGAAACCGAAGAACGCCGCUAUCGCCGGCGACUCCAAAGUAAAGGAAAUGACAAAUACCUGCAGCGAAUACCGGAAGGAGAUACAUAAGCCCUUUAUCUUAUCAACGAUGCAAACAGCACCAUCGUAUCCCGUAACGAUACAGAAUCAGACUAACUCAAGCACAGCUAUACGACCUAGAUCUCUUUAUACCGCACACAAUUAUCAUGCUCAAUCUGAAGAUCCCACCAAUUUUCAACGGUACAGCGAGUUGUCCAAGUACUUCGAGCCCCCGGCCGAACAAUGGAACGGGCUAAAUGGGGGAACCGCGUAUUCAGGAUCGGCGGCGAUCUGGCGACAGCCUAGGAAGUCGAUCGGCGGACCUUAUUAUGCUACCGACGAAGCUUCCAUUUAUACGGAAAACUGGAGGGAGCAUGAUACUGACGCCGGUGUCGGCGGUGUUGUUGCCACCCCCCACGGUACCAUAUCAUUGAGGCUGCACAAUAGGAUACGCGUGGACAUGACCAUUGAUCGCGCCGUCAGGGUCAUCAACUUUAAGAACAACAUUGUCCUAUCGCUGAGCGGCUCCGGAGCGGCUGCCGCCUUGCUACAUCCCAAUGGUAGGAUAUAUCAGUACGGUUCCCGAGUGGAGAUCGUCGCCCACGACAUGCAUGGCAAUAACAAAUAUGCGAAAAUGUGGUAUAAGGGAGUCAGUUUCACAUCGGAACAAUGUGCGCUCGUUUAUCUGGUGGACACGGCUGGGACUAGGACUACAACGGACUCCUUCUCGGAUAUGAGUCAGGACUUUUCGCUGAGUGUCUUUUACUCAGAUUCUCGUCAUGGACCAACAUGUUUGCAAGAAGCUGCGGCACAUCUCAGUACAGCUCAGUAUUGGCAAACAGAUGAAGGAGUUGAGAAUUGGAUUAUCAAUAAUAUCAGAAUAUCCCAGACGCCCGAUGGCCUCGUCAGAAUUGCACGAAAUAGCAACAAGUACCAACUACGUACAUCACCUAGCAACGGCACAGCGUCAUUGACAACGCCUUUUCUACACUGCACUGCAUCUCUGGGUCAAACGUCACAUCUGUUCGUGCGUCGUGGCGAACGUCGCAUGCACUACGACGGCACCAGCUUUAUAGUAAGAAAUGCGGGUCAUAGCGCCGGCUUUGAUGACAAUAACCAAUUAAAGGUCUACUAGAAGAGCGCUACGCGAACUUGAUUUUUUGCUUG